GGCAACACCACGGUGUGAGGGGCGUUGUUUUCUCUCCCUGGGUUUGUUCCUGAGAUCAGACCUUUUUGUUGUUGACACAGCUACUACCAAGAUGCCUGGAAAAACCGCCUCGCCGCCGAAGAUCACCAAGUUCACCAACUGCCGUCUCGUCAAGGGAACGGAGCUGGUGGAGCAGGAUCUGUGGAUCGAUGCGGUGUCCGGCAAGAUCCUCAAGGACCAGGAGGCGUUUUACGAGCUACACCUGUCGCCCGACGAGGUGAUUGACCUGGGCGGCCGUAUCCUGGCGCCGGGGCUCAUUGACGUGCAGCUCAACGGGGCCCAGGGGUUCGACUUCUCCGUGCCGCAGGAAACCAAGGAGGAAUACGAUGACGGUCUACGCCUGGUCAACAAAGGCCUUGCGCGGACGGGGGUCACCUCGUACUUGCCGACGGUCGUCAGCUCCACGCCGGAGGUAUACUGGAAGGUACUGCCAUCUCUCGGACCAUCUGGAGCUUCCCACCGCGCAGAGGACGGCGCCGAGUCGCUGGGCGCCCACGUCGAGGGCCCCUUCAUCAGCGGCGGGCGCAACGGGAUCCACAAGCCAGAGGUGCUGCGGGCAGCGAACACGCUGCGCGACGUGAUUGACUGCUACGGCGAUGAGAAUCUAGCCGAAGACAGUCGCAGCAGCAGCAGCAGCAGCACCCCGAUCAAGAUGAUCACGGCGGCGCCCGAGGUCGGCAACAUGAUGGCGCACAUCCCCGAACUGGUGUCGCGCGGGAUCGUGUUCUCGAUCGGCCACUCGGACGCGACGUACGAGCAGGGGCUGGUGGCGACGGGCGCCGGGGCGACGAUGGUGACGCACCUGUUCAACGCGAUGCGGCCCUUUUACCACCGUAACCCGGGGAUCUUCGGCCUGCUGGGCCAGAGCGAGCGGCCGCGCCCGUUCUACGGCGUCAUCGCCGACGGGAUCCACCUGCACCCGACCUCGAUCAAGAUAGCGUACACGGCGCACCCGACCGGUCUGGUUCUGGUCACGGACGCCAUGAAGCUGUGCGGCCUGCCCGACGGCGUGUACGAGUGGACCAACGGCGAGCGCAUCGUCAAGACGGGCGCCCGCCUCACCCUCGAGGGUUCCGACAAGAUCGCCGGCUCCUCCGCCACCCUGAUCGAAUGCGUCAACAAUUUCCGCCGCUGGACGGGCGCUUCCACCGCCGAGGCCAUCGCCGCCGUCACCGCCACCCCAGCCCGCAUGCUUGGCCUGCACGGCAUCAAGGGGUGUCUUGCCGCCGGGGCGGACGCCGACCUCGUCGUCCUCGGCGAGAUGGACGAUGCUUUUGCAGGCAAGACCUUGACGGUUGACCAGGUGUGGAAGUUUGGUGUCAAGAUCCAUGAUACAGAGAGACGGAAGUAGUUUUUUUAUCUCUUUUUUUAUAAUAGACAAGGCAGAUCAAUGAAU